UGUAAAGUGUAAACUGUCAACUGUGAAGUCGUUGCAUGACGGCGGGUGUGCUAUGGUAAAAUGAUAAAUUCACGAUGUUUAUAUAAUCAUUUUAUUUUCGCAUAAUCUCUAAUAUUAAUAAAUAUUUCAUAAAGAGUUCUAGCGCUGUAAUGGCAAUCUGUCUUAAGCGUUGGCCACAUUAUAUUCAUAAAAUCACCAGGACAAAAAACAUAAUGACCACUGCAAGCAAGUGUGAGAAGGCUAUGGAGAAUUUACAAAAAAACCCUUACUUUGAAAAGUACGCCGAACGCAUUGCAUCGUUGCAGAAAACUUCUCCUGAAGAGUUUUUGAAAAGACUUGAAGAGCAAGAAAAAAGUCGAGAGCAAGAAAAAAAAAAGAAAUUUGCUUCAGUGGACACCAGACAGUAUUCAUCAGUCUUAAACCCCAAAAAAGAUGUUGUAAAUAAACAAUCGGUAGAAGAUAAGAAACUGGAUGAAAUAUUAAAAAUCGAUCUUGUUCAAGAUAAAGAUGCAUCUGAAAUUCAAGUCAUUUGGGAAGAGUAUCACAAAAAUAAAGAGGUUAUAUCUGCUACAAUUCCUUCCCCUUUAUACCGGGAAAUUAAAGAAAGAAUGGUCGAAAAUCCAACUUUCCUCUUUCCCUUGCCAAGGGAACAAGGUUAUGAGUUUAUUAUGUGUCAGAGUUACGGACAUGCAGUUCAUUUCACUCCUCUCUUAGCAUUUCAGGUACAUAAAGAGAAUGCACCAGAAUGCCUGACUAUGAUUCACUACACAGAACUGGAAGACAAGGGUAUUGUAUUAAUGCGAGGGGAAUAUGAUAAGAAUGUGCUGAAUGGUCAAGAAGCUCAGUGUCUAGCUAAUCAGUUCCAGAUCUACUACAAUGGCAAAGAUGAGGAUAAGCUGAAACUGUUACACUCCUUUACCAAGUCUCCAGACUCAUUCAAGCACAUGGACCUCAUCACUGAAUUAGAAAAUAUUACUUUAGUUUAAACAUUAAAAUAA